CUAACUACAUAAUUAAGAACAUGAACAUGUCGGCUGAUCCCUGCGAAGACUUCAACGAGUUCGCCUGUGGUCGCUUCAUCAAAGAAACAAAUCUUCCAUCCGAUAAACAAAUCAUUACCAGCUUCUCUGCACUCCUCGACCAGAAUAGCCUCUUCAGAAACAUAAUACUUGAAGGAGGUCUUCCAUCUCAACCAAACUAUUACCGCAAAAUGAAAAGGUUUUAUAAGUCUUGUAAAGACGAAGCCCAAAUAGAAGCUGUGGGUCUAGAACCGUAUUUCAACGACACAGAAUUCACUGAUGACUGGCCCACACUCAACCCGGACUGGAAUGAGGCUAACUUUGACCUGAACGAGGUCAUCGCCCGCUACAUGGCAGAGGGCGUAGAGCCGAUAUUUUCUAUCACAGUCAGCUACGAUAUGAAUGACAGUACUACCAACGUUAUCAAACUCUCUGAAGGCAAACUAGGAAUGAAUCAGGAGUCUUUCCUUAAAAACCGGAGUGAUCCAAGUAUCAUGGCAUACCAGAAAUACUUAGCUGAAACAGCCAUUGCGCUUAACGCCAGCCAGGAAGAUGCAGAGAAGGACGCCAAGGAUGUAGUCGAUUUGGAGUUACAGUUAGACAGUAUUAUGGUUUCAAGGACAGACAAACGGAAUUAUACAAAACAGUUGAAUCCAGUCUUGCUGAAAGAUUUGAACUCUAUCUCUAACAAGUUGGACAUUGUCCGCGCUUUGAGAAGGUCGUUUGACACAGUCAACAUCUCUCUGGCAGACAAUGAGCGGAUAAUUAACCUCUACCCGACAUACAUGUCAAACAUCUCUUCAGUUCUCGCGGAAUUCUCUAACAGAACCAUACAGAAUCUGUUCGGGUUCAAGUAUGCCUUGUUAAGGGUUGCCGGUCUGACUCAGAAGUUGAGGGAGAUCAAACUGGUCUAUGAUAAGGCGGCCACUGGAGCUAACGCAGAGCCUCGGACAGACGUUUGUGUUAGCCGGACAUCUGAAGCCUUCUGGAAAGCUUUAAGCAAACAGUACAUUCUCAGAAAGUUUUCCAAGACGGCGAAAUUUUAU